AAUCCUAUUGAAGUUAAUAUUAGAAGAUUUAUUUUGAAAAUAUUAGCUACAGGUGAAGCUACUGAAUGGUCAUUAUUAAAAAAUAAUCAGGAAUUAUGUUAUGGGGAUAAUAAUCAGAUAGACUGGAAAAUUACAACAAAAGAAUCUAUAAUUAUAUGUUUGAAACAAAAACAAAUCAGAGGUCAAGGUGAAGAUUUUAUUAGAAAAGUAAUACAAAACAUACUAGGAGUUACAGCAAAAUCAGAAAAAUUUCAAAAGUUUCAACAGCUGGCAUUGGAAGUGAAAGUUGAAACUUUUUUAACAGCAAAAUUACAAAAAGACUUUAAGAUAUCUCUUACUGAGGCACAAAUACUUAUGGCUAAUAUUUUAAUUAGAUUUAUUUUAGCAUUUAAAAAAUUAAUAUGGAAACCAAGAUGUGAACAAGUUAUUUUAUGGGAAAAAAGAAGAGGCAUUUCUAGAACAGAUAAAAUUACUUCAGAGUCCAAGGGAAAGGACAAUUCAAAUCAACCUUCAGAAUACAAAGUAAAGGACAAUACAAAUAAACUUUUAAAUAAAGUUAAAGAUAUACAAACAGGAAAAAUAGAUCGAUUACAAAGGUCAGUUUCCUUAGUAAAGAAAUCAAUGGAUACCUUUGUAAGGAAAUACAUAUGUGAGGAUUGGAUUCCAAUAAAAAAGAAAGUUGAUAAGGUUACAUUAUACACUGUCUCUUAUACACAUCUAGAUGUGUAUAAGAGACAGAAUUUGGGACAGUCCAUAUUUGGUGAUUAUAAAGAUAUAAAAAAUUUCUUAUAUUAG